AUGGCGUUACUUCACGCGUUGUGCUCGACAUUCUUGAUCUGUUCCGCUAAACUCUAUUGGCUCCUGGAGAACGAUUACAUCGACUACUUUGCAGGACUCCUAGCUCCAGAACGAGAUCGACAUUUCCGCGUCGUCGGCACUGUGCUCGGCAUGCUAGGGGCAAUCCACGGACUACAGUUGCUCUGUCACGUCAGAGCUUCGGCAGCCGCUGGAGAAAUACGCCAUUACACUCGAAUGUUUGCGCUUCGUAAGACUGUGGAGAUCGCUACGCAAGCCCCAAACGGAUAUUUGCAUAGCACACUAGUGGCGAGAUCGUGGAUUAAUCACGCAAAAGUGGCGCUGAUAGUGACAAACUGCUGGUCUGCUUUCAUCAUCCACCAAAUGCUGCUGAAAAGUGACCCGGGCAUUCGGCAGGUUGCUCCUUCCUCACCAAGGUCACGGAUAUCCGUACGCUUCUUAGCAGUCACAGUGGACGCAGUGCUCGCGACGGCGACGGCUAUCAUACUACCCGGCGCAAUCUUUCUACCUUAUGCUUUACAGUUCGACAUUACGAGCCUCAGUUUUCCUGUGACGCUGCUCUAUGGAGACACCUCAUUCCCCAAUCUGGUGCUAGAGAAUCGAGCGUUUUUCUUCAUGUCCUGGACGAAUUCCAUGAUGAAAACUGUACCUCAUCUGAGUGUGUUUCUAUGCCUGGAAGCCAUGGCCUCCAUUUUGUCUCGAGUGCAUCGCGUGACUGUCCCAAUGCUCUUGUUAAUUACUGGAGGCAUCGUACUUGGUCUGCAUCUGACAGCACAGUACGGAUCUGUAACUGAAGACAUCGCAACAAUGGAGAGUAUGUGCAUACAGCGUAUGCAUCCGUGGUUUGCCUCCAAUUUCAGUUGUUCAGUGGUGAGAUACAAUUGUUACAAAGAGGGCGUAACAAGUCCUUCUGAAGAAGUAUUAGGCUGGCUGGAACGUGAAGCAGUACGCAAGAUCAUAUUCAUGCAUUGUUCCGCGUUUACGAUGCCACCAAUCAUCCGCGAGUUCUCCUCUCUAAUGGGUGACGCUGCAGUGUCGGCGGAUUUGCACCCAAUGAUGCUCUUUGCACUCUUCAUAUACGUCAACCUGACGGGUAUCCCAUCUGGACUUCUACAAGCUCCGCUCCCCAUCCAACUAACAGAUCUGGAAUUUAUUCACACCAAUCUCACAACAAUUUCUGACUCCGUUGUGGAACCUUGGAACGGGUUGGAGAUUCUGUUCAUUGAGCACUCCAAGAUACGCACCUUUCCCAGUGUACUCAUGCAACUCCCACUUCUGAGCGAUCUCUCUCUUAUCGACAACGAGAUAGAAACAAUACCUGACGAUGCGUUUCUAAACGAAGCCUCGACUUAUUUCUACAGUUUUGACAUUUCGUACUUGGCGCUGGAGUUUACUCAGCUAAUUGAGUUACCAAAUAAAAACACCAUGAAGCUCUCCGGAGAUAUUUUAUGUGGAGAAGAUGAGAACGCUUGGGACCCGCUUGGAGACGAGCGCUAUCCGAUAAAGCUCGUUGAGCCAUUUCGAUCGUUAGACGCAUAG